UCGUAUCUUUGAAAAAGCUGACUUCCGGUUGAAAACAAGGAAUUUCUCCCUCAGAUAAUUUGAGCAGACGCCUAUCUGUCAUGACUGCGAUAUUGUUGUAAGAACAUUAUUACUAUUCGUCAUGGCUGACAGCAGAAAGAGCAGAGGGUUGAGUCACGUCGUAAGACAACGCGAGUCUGCAGAUCAAGAUCCCUACACCCACAGUUUGCUGCGUCAUGUGUUUUCUGAUCAAGAAAAGUCAUCUGAGGCAGGGGCAGCUGGUGUCGAGAAGGCAAUGGACCUACACAACCUACAGAGCUACAUUGAUCUGUCCCUCUGUGAUGCUGUCAACCUGCAGGGAGCCUGUGCUGUAGCACACGAAGAAGAGUCAUCCCUGGAUGAAAACUCAGGUCGAAUUGGAAGUAAAGAGGUCUUCUUUGAUAUUUACUCCAAUGUCGGGACACUCAUUGUGGAACCAGACCGACUUGGGGUGUCCAGCCUGAGUAACUUCAGCAGUAUGAGGGCCAACACCUGUGUCUACAAAGGGAAGUGGGUGUAUGAGCUGAUGCUGGGCUCCAAGGGGGUGAUGCAGCUUGGAUGGUGUACAAUGCAGUGCAAGUUUUCUCAAGAGGAGGGUGUUGGUGACACUCAAGACUCUUACGCUUACGAUGGCAGUCGCCUGAGGAAGUGGAAUGUGAAGACUCAGAAAUAUGGAGAGCCUUGGUUGACUGGAGAUGUGAUCAGUUGUGCCAUUGACUGUGAUGAAGGAACAAUGACAUUUUACAGAAAUGGAAACUGCAUGGGCCAGGCCUUUUCAACGGUUCGUAGAGGGCCCGGCCUGGCCUACUUCCCUGCUGUUAGUCUUUCAAUAUCGGAGAACCUCCGAGCCAAUUUUGGUGCCACACCUCUGAGAUAUCCACUGGAAGGUUACCAACCACUGCAGGACCCUCCCAAGUCGGAUCUGGUUCGGGCGCAAGUACUGUUUGGCUACCUGGAGAAACUCCUGCCUGUUAUGAUAGAAGAUGAUCAGGUUAUUGGUGCUGAAGUGAUUCAGGGCAAAGGUGAGGAAGCACUACCUCCCCUGACAGAACACCGUACACGGCGAUGUACGGCCAUGCUAGUGGCUGCACAUAUAUUUGAAAAACUGGCACCACUCUUGAGAAGUGCCUAUAUUGUAGAGGGGCAUUUGUUAAAGUUUUUGUUGAAGUUUCGUGACUGUGAGAAACAUCUAUCAGAACAGCCUUACAUAUCGAAGCUGCUGGACCUGUUCUGGGCACUACUUCAGGAUUUUGAACUGAAGACAUGUUUGGAGCAUCUGGUGACCACACUACUGUCAUCCUAUCGUUUCUCUCCUGUAACGUCAGAUUUCCGAUAUCCGAAGCUGUAUCUGAACCUCACCCUUGCAAUAUUACAACAUGGACGGACAAGAAAGCAUCUGCUGGCCAAUGUCCUAUUUGACAAAGUAAAGUUCCCAAUCUUUCUACACAUCAAGCCCCCUGACGACGGAGGCUUGGCGGAGAUGGUACCCAUAGUGUACUGGGAGUAUCAGACCAAGGAAGAAGAUGACCCUGUUCCUGUGGAACCUCCUGAGGUUCUCCGAAAGAAGAAAGACUACCUGGCAUCCUGUGAACAACUCCGGAAACAAAUUGAAGAGGUUGAAGAUAUCCAAGUGGAGAUGCUGAAAGUACUUCUAAUCUGGAAUGAUCCCAAAGAUGGUAAAACCACACGAGAUAUCUUCAUGGAGAAGUUGCGGGCAUUUCUGAGGGAAAACAGUGCCUACACAAGAGUGCACCAGAUCCACACAUGUCCCCUGCCGGUGUCUCUGUGCUUCUACCAUCGACUCAUCCAAGCCCUGCGCUACUACUGGGACCUCUUUCAGAAGGAGGACACAGGCAGAUUUGUACAUAGCUCAGGUGCCUUUGUUCCAGUUCAAGAAUUUUGGGUGGAUACUCGAGAAUAUUAUGAUUUCCAGAGGUGUGGAGGUCUGAUGUCACAUCUGAACAGAACUCUUGGUGCUGAGGUAAAUAAAGCUCAGGGUAUAUCAGUUUCUGAUGAUGGAAAAGUUGUUCGAACAGAGAAGAAGUCCAAGGAGUCAGCAGCAGCUGUGACUACGGAGGUGUACCCCGAGCCCGAGAUGCCCAGUGGAAACUCCCUGAUGAAGCUGCUGGAUAGCCUCAUCAUCCUGUACCACAUAGCAGCUCACAAGCAGCUCGGCAAGAUGUGUGCACUGAGAGACAACAUGAGGGACUUCGUGUUUGCCCUGCAGGAUACAGAGGAGAAAAUCAACAGGUGCUCCACAGAGACAAAUGACAUCCGUGAGGACCUGGAACAGGCCAAAAAGGUUUUCCUGGAGAAGAUCACUGAACAGUCUCGCCAGAUGGGUUGGGUUAUUGCUGUUAUAUACUCUAAGUCCAAGCAAAAUGACAUUGCCUGGAUGCUGAGGGUUAUCCUGACAACAAUAGAGAAGGCUUCCAAAUACAAGCAGCUGUUCCAGUUUGUUCCCGAACUCUACAUAGAGAGCUGUAUCAACAGUUACAACGCACUUAAAAACUACCUACAUCCGACAACAAAGUUUGAUCAAAUUGAAGGUUAUGAUAACCUUCUAGUCAAGUAUGCCAACUUUCUGACGAGCCAUUUUGCCGAUUCCAGGAUUGUCAGCAAUGACUUGAGGGACAACCUGGUGCAAGCACUGGCCUGCUUCACCUGCUACCCCCGUACCCUGGAGGUGCUGGAGUCUCUACCAUGGGAGAGGCAGGCCUCAGUUAUCAAGUCACUUAUAGCACCUUAUGAGAAUAGAUCUUGGGCACACACAAACUGGAUACUGGUCCGACUGUGGAAGGGUUGUGGAUUUUCAUUUCGAUAUCGUUUCUUGCCCAAUCUGGUACCUUCUAAAGUACAACCAACCGAGUUCAGCUUCGUCAGUCUUCAAAAGCCGUGCCCCUCGUAUGUGUAUCAGUCUAUCCUGGCCAAGAUACUCCUGGACGAGGAGGCCAUGUCCACCCGGUUCCUGGACACCCUGAUGAACCAGCUCAACUGGUCCUUCUCCGAGUUUGUUGGCAUCAUGCAGGAGAUUAACCAGUUGGUAUCACACACGGAACACAUGUUCCUUGAAGGGCGGCAGCUGAAGAUCUGUGCGGCAUGUUUCGAGAUCUCUGUGUGUCUACUCAGGGUUCUGGAGAUGGUGGUGUCCAUAGCAUCUCAGCUGUUUACAGACUGGUCCAGGCCAUCUGCCGAACUCUUCCUCAAGAGAAUCAUGCAGCUACUUAGUCAGGUGAUGAGUAGAAUCACAUCAAGGAAUGGUGCGUUUGAGAAGCUUGUGUCUCUACCUCUGCCAGGCCUGGACAGCGUCACAUACUUCCCAGUGCUGACCGUGGCAGUGGGCAUCCUUAUCAAACUGCUGAUUGACACACAAGGAGAGAGACAAGACAAGGCUACACGAGCUCUGCUGCUGGAUGCAGGAUUCAAGCUGUCUACACUUGACUUUGUUCUUGGAGAGAUACCUCCUGAAAAGGGCAAGAAAGGGAAAAAAUUCUCUCUGAAAACAUUUGAGGAAGUAAGCAAGGAAGAACUUGAGAACAUUGAAAGUCUUCGAGUCUACCUCAAGCACAAGCAGAACACACUCGAGUCACAAUCUCAGGUGAAAGUGAAAGAUGAAGACCUGUGUACGAUCUGUUAUGCAAGUCCUCGCUCGGCUACGUUUAUCCCAUGUGCACAUCAGUCCUGCAGGACGUGUAUCACUCAGCAGCUGAUGGCCAAGAAGGAGUGCUUCUUCUGCAAGGCAAUCAUCACAUCUGUGAAGGACAUGCAUGGAAACACCAUCCUCCGAGAACAAUGUCAAGGCCAGUCAAAGCACUGACACAAGUCAGGAAGUCUUCAUGGGCGGUGACAUCACUGACAUAUCAAGGACAUCAAAGGGUCAUAGGUCAUGAUACUGUUGGCUUUCAUUCUACUUGUGUUACCAUGGAGAUGAUCCAGAUGAUGUGAUCUUUUUCAAAGUCUUAAUUGUUCAAUUGCUUUGAAACAAAUUUGUUAUAAGUGAUAUUGUGGACGACCGAGACAACAUGGUGUAGUUGCAACUAUUGUUGCAAGAAUGAUACUUUGUGUAUGCGGGUGCAGUGAAUGCAGUAAAAAGGAAUUUUUUUGGUUUUAAUCAACCUGAUUGAUCAUAUUUAAUUUAUGAAGUAAAUACAUUACUAGACUUAGCAGGGACCUGAACAAGUUUGGCAUGUAGGUGUAGGCUGUUAAUUCACAAGUUUUUAUGACACUGAAGGAAGCCAUUAUCUAUGUAGCGUUGAAACUGUUUUUCUCACAGCAGGAAUCCAUUAGGUGAGAGUGAGGUACUGAUAUGAGCUUGUGGGACGUAAGUCUGAGGUGCUGAACAUUUCACGAUUUGAGAUGAAGUGUCCUGUAAUAAAUUAAUUUUAGCCAUAUAUCUUCUUAUGAAGUGCAAUCAGCUAAAUCAGGCAAAUAAUUCUGUUUUCUCCAAAGAUCAGGAUGUUUUGUUGAGGGUCCCGAUGGAGUCACAUAUAUUCACCUAAACAUGGAGAUACAGGUGAAAGUAUAGCACCUGUACACAUUUGUCUGUCUGGUUUAGAAAACAGAUGAAAUUAUGUAUUUGAAGUUGAUCCACACUCAGUGUGACAUCUAGACUAUGUGUGCAGAGCUCCAGAUACUGUUUAGACUCACUGUGUUUUACUCAGUUUACUGUUGAGUAUUGAUAGCUUUAUUGGUGUAUUCAAUGUUUGUAGUCUCUACGGUCCAGUCAGUUGGUUUUCUACACCGAUGAGUUGACGUUUACAUCCAAUGAUUCUUCUUAUGUAUUGCUUUAUGUGACUGCCAGUUAGCACAUGAUUGUGUGCCACCCCAAGUACUUCACAUGAUGCCUUGUUUCUCUGCUGUUUAAGCCACACUCAGCAAUAUUCCAGCUAUAUGAUGGUGGUGUGUAAAUAAUCGAGUCUGGACCAGACAAUCCAGUGAUCAACUGCAUGAGCAUCGAUCUACUCAUUUGGGAUACGAUGACAUGUGUCAACCAAGACAGCGAGCCUGACCAUCUGAUCCUGUUAGUUGCCUCUUACAACAAACAUGGGUUGCUGAAGACCAAUUCUAACCCAGAUCUUCAUGGGUCCGUCACAUGAUGCAUACACUAAGGGACCUGUUACACAUCUGUGCACCAUUCUGCGUCAUAGAAUGCAUGUAAAUGUGCUUUUCUGUAGAUCUGUAGUGAAUAGUGUUAGGAAUUGGUUAAAAUCUCAUAAUUGAUGAUUGGUUCAUUACAACCGAUCAAUCAUCGAAAAUAAUUGGUUAGCAUCAUUUAUGAAAUGUGUUAAUGCUCACAAA